GUCGUUAGUUUGUUUUAAAGGAAUACCCCCAAAGUCAUGCACGGGCGCCUCUCGGUGUUCCCAUUUCCACCCGCACCUGAACACAACACGCCGUAACUGACGUCAGACGGCGCGUCGGGUGGUCACGUGUGUCACGUAACCGGCUGAUGGCUUCCGGUGAGCGUGCGGACUUUCCGAACAGAUCCUGACACUCCUUCAUCCAGCCAGCACCGGGUCCGGGUUGUUCUGUCAACAUGUCCACCUACGAGGAAAAUGACUCCAAGUUCAUGCGGAAGGCAAAGGAGAACCCCUUUGUUCCCAUCGGCAUGGCGGGCUUCUUUGCCAUCGUGGGCUACCGGCUGAUGAAGCUGAAGAGCCGCGGAGACACCAAGAUGUCGGUUCACCUGAUCCACAUGAGAGUGGCGGCUCAGGGCUUCGUGGUGGGAGCCAUGACUGUGGGCGUGCUUUACUCCAUGUACAAGGAAUACAUCCUGAAGCCUGCGGAGGAGCAGAAGGCCGUGAGGCAAAAGUGAUGGACAGUUAGAGAUCAGCUGCCUCGCUCUGACCUCUGACCUCUGAUGGAACAGUUGGCGAUCAGCCGCCUCGCUCUGACCUCUGACCUCUGAUGGACCAUUGGCGAUCAGCCGCCUCGCUCUGACCUCUGAUGGACCGUCGGUGAUCAGCCGUGUCGCUCUGACCUCUGACCUCUGAUGGACCAUCGGUGAUCAGCUGCUUCACUUUGACCUCUGACGGACCGGGUCACGUCACUCCAGGGGUCAAGGGUCGUCCUCUUACUCCAGCGUCACUGUAUUUAUUUGAGCGUUGCAUUGUGAAAUGAUCGUUUAGCAUUUUUAAGUUUUUCUGCCAAAACAAAGGCGUUUCACCCUCCACACACACACACACACACACACACACACACACACACACACACACACACACACACACACACGAUUACACCAUGCUGGACAUUUCUUUUUGUUAUAUUUUCAUGAUGUUGAAUCGCUGGCCAAGGGUCUGACCUUUGAGCCAAGACACCUUCAAGGAAGUGAGACUUUCGAGUGUCUAACAAAAUGUAGGGUUUUCAAAUUUUACUUUUUGCUUAGAUAAUAUAAUAAAAACGUGAAAUAUUUUUAAAAUCUGAUCCUCGAUUCUCUGUUCAAAAAGAUUUAGUUUAUUAAAACACAGAAACACUCUCCAGAGAGACACACCCCUCUGACACACCCCAGACACACACUCCAGAGACACAGUAGAGAACAGAUUGAGUCCAUAUUAGUUAUUCAUUCUUUAGUUUCUGAGCAUGGCUUCACUGUUUGGACUCUUUCAUGGUGUCAGAGCAGAUUGAUUACAACAAGACAGAAACGAUCCUAGUUUCUCUGUUGAAUGAUAACAUUGAAAGCACACUCCCCAAAGUGGUGACAGACUGAUCAAUCACAUCCUCAGAUCUGUCAGUCGAACCUGACUUACAGCUAUCCAUCUUCCAUCUUAUAGAACUCUCUUAGUUCUUCAUCUAAACCUACAACUGGUCUCAUGAUCCAGUACCAACUAGACUCUUUCAAAACAUUUCCCCUGGAUUAGUAAUCAAUAUAUCAGAUCAACCUUUGUUUAGUAACAGGUUCUGUACCACAGGCCUUUAAGGUUCUGUUGUUAAACCUCGUCUUAAAAAACCCAUCUUUGAUCCAGGUGUUCUAACAAGUUCCAGACCAAUAUCCAACCCUCUCUUUAUUUAUAAAAUCCUAGAGAAAGUUGUUGAAGUCGGCUUUGAGAACAUUUUUAUCAUAACGAUCAAGUAGAGUAUUUUCAGUCAAGUUCUAGAGCUCAUCAUAGACCAGAGACAUCUCAGGUAAAAGUUACUAAUGAUCUUCUCAAGGCCUCAAAGGACUGGACUCUGUGCUGGUCUCUGGUCUGUUCUUUGUCCAGGUCUGUGGUCUGGUCUCUGUCCUGGUCCUGUCAGACCUCAGCGCUGCAUUCGAUACUGUUGAUCAUGACAUCCUGCUACAGAGCAGGGGUGUCAACAUCUACACAUGUAAACGGUUACACGGAUAACAAGUCAUAACUGUGGAAAAAUCAAUAACCAUGAACAGCUACUUUCUUCCUCCUCCCCCUUUUUCUUUUUCACCAAUAUAUAUCAUGUUUUUUGGGGUGCUGAUGUUGCCUGAAAGCUUCAGAUAAUAACAUUAACUAACUAACUAUUCCCUCUAGUGAAGUUAUCCACAUACAUAAUAGAUACAUGCGACGCAACGUUGAUUAAAAAAAAAAAAAAAAAAAAAAAAACGCGGCAGCAGCCAGAG